AUGUCUGACGACGAAGGAAGUAGCAAGAAAUCUGGCUAUAGGUUCGAGUAUGCGCCUUCGAACAGGUCAAAAUGCAAAGGCAUGUCUCCCUGUAGUGGUAACACGAUCGCGAAAGGCCAAAUCAGGGUGGGUACCGUCGUAGACUUCAGAGGCAACACGAGCUUUGCAUGGCGUCAUUGGGGCUGCGUGACCCCAAAGAUCAUCGGUAAUAUGAAGAAAUCCUUCAACGAAGCUUCCGAACUCGAUGGGUACGAGGAUAUGAAAAAGGAGGACCAGGAGCGUAUCACCAAAGCUUGGGAAGACGGUCACGUCGCAGACGAAGACAUCCCGGAAACCGCUCGGAAACCUGAAGGGGACGACGGUGAGGAAGAUGACGAGGAGGAUAAGCCUAAGAAAAAGGCCCCGGCGAAGAAGAAGGCGGCCCCGGCGGCUGAUGGUGAGGAGAAGCCGAAGAGGGGCAGGAAAAAGGUUUGUCUGCUUGGACUGGAUUGUUAUUGUUGA